AUGGCGCGCUCACGACCGGAAGCGUUCGAGCUGAUGGUCGAGGCCGAGAAGCCCUCCAAGUGCAUCAGGUUCCUACGUUUCCUGUGGAAGUUCUUCAGAUGUGUUUUUUCCCACGUGUCAUUGGUUUCUUUAGUAGUGUUGUACUGUCUGAUCGGCGCGUACGCUUUCGAGGCCCUCGAGGCGAGCCACGAGAAGGAGAUCAAGAAAAGCAUCAAAAACAUCAGAGGGGACGUCGCAGAGCAACUAUGGAGGAUCACCAAGGAGGUGGAGGUUCUGAUUCGUGAAAAUUGGACAGACAAGGCGUUACGCGAAUUAAAGAGCUUUGAGAACAAUCUUGUGUGGAUGAUGGAGAAAGAGGGUUGGGAUGGCAGUGAGGGCGAAGAUGACAUUCAGUGGACAUUUGCUGGCGCCCUGUUUUAUUCUAUAGUGGUCAUCACUACUAUUGGGUACGGCCACAUCGCACCGAAGACCAAGAACGGGAAAGUGGUGACCAUAUUCUACGCCAUCGUUGGGAUUCCCCUCAUGUUGCUCUGUCUCUCCAACAUAGGCGACAUCAUGGCUUCGAGUUUCAGAUUUCUAUAUUGGAGAGUGUGCUGCUACAUAUGCACGAAGCCACCCAGGAGGAGGAGACCCAGGCCACACCUUGCUAGGUCCUACUCCAUGCGACAACCAGGGCGAUAUGGUGGAAGCAAAGGUGGCUUUCGAAGAUCCAUGAGAGUGAGUCAGAGGUCUGCGGAUUCAGCCUUGGGCCUGUCCGAAGGUCUGGCAAGAUUGUCGUACUCUGACGUAGACUAUAAGUACAGUACUCGUCGAUACGAGGAUGACGAGCAGAGGAGGCCCAGUUCCUACGCGUCCUCUGGGAACCCGAAUUUUGGAGUCAGGUCAGCGACCAUGUCCAGGUACUCGGAUAUACCGGUGGCAAAGUCGAGCACAGCCAGUCCCAAGAUGACGACGCAAUCGCUUGACAGGAAGUUGCUGAUGCGUUCGCCGAAUGACACUGAUCGUUCGCCGGUUUUGUGCAAUAAAUACGCCUUGGAUGACCUGGAGAACGAGCUGCAACAGUGGCAGACUUCCGCCGGAAGCAAAAUAGGCAAUGCGAGCAAAUCACCGGAGGAUCCAGAGGUGAUAGGUAGCCCUGAAAAUGACGAGAAGCGAGCACCAUUAGCGACUAGGUCGUUGCCCAGAAGGUGCUUAUCGGUGGAAGGUGCGACCAGCAACUACAGGACCAACUUGGCCCCGCCUUUACGACCGUCCUCGAUUUAUUUAGAGCUGGAGAACUCCAGAAGGUCCCAGAUUUCCAGAAGCAGGCGUUAUAGGUACAACUAUCCCGUUGCGAGAUCUUACAGAAGAGACACGCUACCAGGGGAUUUAAUGUCCCCGCCUGGUUUUCCUGUACAUAGACAAAUAUACGUAGAUGACUUCGACUCGGAUUACGAGUACUAUAACGAUGAUCCGGAGAAGCAGCCGAUAAAGCCGGUACCAAUAUGGCUGUGCGUCUUCCUGGUGGUUAGUUACAUUUUUGGUGGCGCCUUCUUGUUCAGCGCUUGGGAACAUUGGCCAUUCCUCGAUUCUGCAUAUUUUUGCUUUAUUACUCUUACCACUAUAGGAUUCGGUGACUUCGUUCCUGCAUAUAAGCUGGACGCCCACAAAGGUAUCGCGGUUUGCUCGCUGUACUUGUUAUUUGGAAUUGCUUUGCUGGCGAUGAGCUUUAAUCUGGUGCAAGAGGAGGUCAUCAACAACGUGAAGAACGUCGCGAAGAGGCUCGGGAUCAUCAAAGAGAGUGACGACGAGGAAGAUGCCGACGACUACGACGCGUACGACGUCGAAUACAACGACGAGGUCGACAACGAGCUCGAGGGCUACGUCCUCGAUACCCCUCGAUGUCACUCGAUGGCUAGAAACGUUCGCGGAAUUUCCGUCGCGUAGCCAACCCCGCGGCCCGAAUUUCUUUUCAUUCACGAACACGAGCUUCUUCCUCUCCUUCUUCCUCUGGCUUCCAUUUCUU